AUGAACGUUGAAGUGUUUAAGAAAAUACUUGAUCCGCGUCCUUUAUACUCAGUUAUGAAAAGUCGCCGAUACUCGCAAAAUGUGGAGGACAUAUUUAAAUUCUAUGACGACCAGCCGAGCCACAUGCAGGCGAUAAAGGAGAAAUACCGGACCUUGGACGAGAAAGACUACAACAGGUUCCUUAGCAAGAGAGCUAUGAAGCGGGAGCCGGCGUUGACGAGACAAAUAACGUCCCUUGCUUAUAAGGUGGGGAAGGAAAUGCUUUCACUAGCUGAAGGUAUGCCCAACGAAGCUAUCUUCCCCUUCACGCGAUUCGAAUUGACUACCAGAAGUGGUAACACCAUGGUGCUGGAAGAGAAGGAGUUGGCAUCUGCCCUACAAUACAUUCCAUCUCAAGGCUUGCCAUCCCUGCUUACGGAGCUGAGGCAGUUCCAACAGGAUUUACAUCGCCCUCCUCCUCUAGCACGCGACGUGAUUGUCACUAAUGGUGCUCAGCAUGGAAUCUAUCAAUGCGUUGAGAUGCUGGUGGACCCAGGUGAUCCAAUCCUCACCACCGAAUUCACAUAUACUGGAAUCCAUAGCGCUCUAAAGCCGUAUCAACCGGAGAUAAUUGGAAUACCCGAAGACGAAAACGGCUUAAUACCAGAAACAUUGGAUUCCGUUCUCAAAGACAGAUUAGCACGUGGUCUGAAGAUGCCACGUCUCCUGUACUUCAUACCAACUGGCAACAACCCCACUGGCACUGUCUUAAGCAUAGAGCGACGACGACAGAUAUACGAGCUUGCCUGUAAAUACGACUUCUUAUUAGUGGAAGACGAUCCUUACAUGUUCCUAAACUAUAAUAAGACCGCGCCCCCGUCGUUUUUAUCCAUGGACGUUUGCGGCCGAGUGCUCCGCUUGGAUUCUGUGUCGAAGGUGAUCAGCUCGGGGCUGCGCGCCGGCUGGCUUACCGCGCCCUCCGCCCUGAUGUACCGCGCUGAGCUACACGCUCAAGCCGAGUUGCUCCACUCGUGUACACUGGCACAGACGAUUCUCCUAAACUUGAUCUCCAAUCGUAGCGCACUCGCCUCUCACCUUCUGUCUACGCGCUCCUUCUACGAACGACGGCGUAACGCCCUUAGUGCUGCGAUGCGCGGCAUCGAGGGCCUCGCGGACUGGUCAGAACCCUCCGCCGGGUUGUUCCACUGGGUUCAUGUGCGCGGCGUAGAGGACGUUUAUAACAUGGUAUUUCACGUUGCAUUUCAACGCGGCUUAAUAUUAAUACCCGGCCAAGCUUUCCUAUACGACAGCGGUGCCACCUGCCAGUAUAUUCGAUUAACAUUUAGUAAAAUAAAUAUUGACGACAUGGAAACCGCAAUACGCUAUCUGGCGGACAUUAUCCGAGAUGAACAAAAACUCGUCAAACAACCGCAGAGGUUAGCUACUGAAAGAUAGAUGGCGGGCGCUGCUCGACAUAUU